AGUCGAUAGCAUGCGGUAUGGUCCCCAUCCUGCAGGGAGAAAACAAAGCCAAGCAGCUCGACUCUCGAGCUCGAAUCGUUGGGGGAACAGAGUGCCCCAAAGGUCAAUGCCCCUGGCAGGUUUUGCUGGUGUAUAAAGGCAAAGGUUUCUGUGGAGGAGUGAUUUAUAAGCCCACAUGGAUCCUCACAGCAUCUCACUGCCUGGAGAAAACUGAGGCUCAGUUCCUGAAGGUGGUUGCAGGCGAGCACAACACACUGCUGAACGAGGGCACGGAGCAGCUCAUCCAGGUUUCUGAGAUCAUCAUGCACCAGAACUACGUGACAAGCACUGCCGACAACGACAUCGCCCUCCUGCGCCUGGCGUCGCCCAUCGUCUACACGCCGUACGCCGUCCCAGCCUGCCUGCCGACGCGAUCGCUGGCAGAGCGCGAGCUCUGGGCUGUGAGCAUGCACACGGUGAGCGGCUGGGGGAGGCGGGGGGAGAACGGACCCACCUCACAGCUCCUGCGGCGGCUGAAGGUACCACGGAUCCGGACGCAGCAGUGUGUGGAGGAGAGCGGCGUGGUGCUCACUAAGAACAUGUUCUGCGCCGGAUACAUCGAGGGCCAGCAGGACUCGUGUAAAGGCGACAGCGGCGGGCCCCUGGUGACAGAGUACAAGAAGACGGUGUUCCUGCUGGGCAUCGUCAGCUGGGGGAAGGGCUGCGCCCAACCGGGCAACUACGGCAUCUACACCCGAGUGUCCAACUACCUGGAGUGGAUCCACAACGGAACAGCGACGCCAAAUCAGCCGACGAACAACACUCAGUCUUCGUUACACAACCUGACGACCUGAGAGUUCACGCCCAGGGCAUAUCAGCACACAUCCACAGCACUGUGGUUUUUAUGUUUUAAUCUACUGUAGUGAAACAGCGGCCACAAUGGAAGAGGAAGACUGUCGAUUUAACUGAUGUAGGCCCAUUAGAGGAUAAAGUACAUUUGGACACAACCAUAAAUAUAUUUAUGGGAUGUAUACAUAUACUGCUUUAACACACUAGUAAGGAUAUUAGACUGUGAACAGUUAGUCAAACAGACCCUGGAGCUUGGAGCUUGUGUUAGUGUUGCAUUAUGGGUGAUGGGAAAGAUUUCCAGUGUCUGUUGUGUGAGGGUUAAUAAGUCUUUUGCGUUGACCAUAAAAUUUAGAUUUACUUACCAUGAAAGUGAGACUUUGGCAUGAGGCUUUGAUUGUCCUUAGUAGGAUAUAUAAAUUAGUUUCCUAACCUGGAGAUUCAAAACUAGUGAUUACUGUUAUUGUCUUAUGGCAUGUGGCAUAAUGUAAUAGUGAACAUCUGCUUAAAUAUUGGAGACACGUUGAGGUGUCUUCAAAUGGAAAAGUAUCUAAACUGCACGUCAGUCAAACUGUAAUUUGGAUUUUGGUUCUUAAUGUGUGCGUUGUAAAUUUUUGUAUGAAUAAAACAGGUGAAACUUGA